AUCAUUCUCUCCUCGCCUGAGCAAGACGCACAGACACACACACACACACACCUGUCUAAUCAACCAUGUCUCUCAAGGUGGCUACAGUGGCGGUGGUGAUGGUGGUGGUCGGUAUGGUUACAGCGUUCCCUUCAGAUCCUUACGGCCAGCCACAGACUUACAAGGAGGACCCCAUCCCUUACAGCUUUCAGUACGGCGUGAAGGAUGACUAUGCAGGAACCGACUUCGGACAGAAUGAGGAAUCCGAUGGAAGCAAAACUGCGGGGUCCUACCAGGUGGUCCUUCCCGACGGCAGGAUCCAGACGGUGAACUACGUGGCAGAUCACUACAGCGGGUACCAGGCUGAGGUGAGCUACAAGGGGGAGGCCCAGUACCCCCAUGAAUACGGGCCAGCCAUCACCUUCAAGCCCACUCCUGGAUACGGCGGUGGAAAUUCAUACCAGAUGCACAUCAUCACUGACUCCACACAGUCUCUCCUGCUCCUUCAGUGGAUAAGCAUCACAAUGAACAAGGUUUUGGCAGUGUUCCUGGCUGUGGUGGGCACGUCCCUGGCCCUCCCCUCUGACCCCUACCACCAGCCCACCUAUAAGCCCGAACCAGUGCCGUACAACUUCCGGUACGGCGUGAAGGAUGACUACGCCGGCACGGACUUCGGGCAGGAGGAGAACAGUGACGGCAACACAGUCCAGGGCUCCUACAAUGUGGUGCUUCCUGACGGCCGCAUCCAGACGGUGAACUACGUGGCAGAUCACUACAACGGCUACCAGGCAGAGGUGAGCUACAAGGGGCAGGCGCAGUACCCCCACGAAUACGGUCCAGCUGUAACAUUCAGACCUGACUACCACGCACCUGCACCAUCCUACCAGCCCCCAGCCCCCUCAUACUCUCCCCCAGCCCCCUCAUAUUCUCCCCCAGCCCCCUCAUACUCCCCCCAGCCCCCUCAUACCAGCCCCCCGCCCCCACAUACCAUUAAUUAAGAUGCCUAGCUAGAUUUGGACCUGUUGCCUACCUGUCAGCUUCCUUCCCUAGUCACCUGUCUGUGUGUCUUUGUAAUUAUUCUUUUUAUAGAUAUUUUUUUUUUUUUGGAUUUUUAUUAAAAGAUGAUUC